UUUAACUAUUAGUAUUUCUGGAACUGCCUGCUAUCCACAAACUCGGUUCGGCGUCGGCCUAAGAGUAAGAGUUGCCUCUUAUCUCCAUUUCCAAGUUCUUAUGGAUAGACUCCCAUAAAUAUCAAUCCAGAAAAGAAACUCGUCCUCCCUCCGUCCCUCCCCAAUCGACUGAGUUGAGAGCCUCUAAUCACACGGAAGAAUAGAAGGACGCACAAACAGGAUAAAGCAAAUCCCUUUGGACAAGAAAUAGGAAAUGGCUACAACAUGUAGCACGCGACCAUCAUCUCUGAUGUUAACCUACGCCACCUCCGCCACGCACCCACAAGAUCUCAGUCAAUCCCUUAUCUGUUUCAAGCCCAAAGCUCCGUCUUUCUACUCCUUGGCUUUGAAUUCUUGUGUCGUCGGGGAGAGAACAUCAGGCAAAUGGGUCAAUUUCGAUGCUCGCAGAGACGCCAAGUUUGGAGGUUUCCGAGUGGUUGUGGCUGCUGUGGCCGCGGAGGCGGAGGUGGCUGACGGAGCGGUGGCAGAAGCUGAAGUGGCGGGAGAGGGAACUGGUGGUGUGCCCAAUGCCACUGUAGCUACUACGAAGCCCAAGACCGGAAAGGCUGCAUUGCCUUUGAAGAGAGACAGAACAAGGUCUAAAAGGUUCUUGGAAAUUCAGAAACUGAGGGAGAACAAACAGGAGUAUGAUGUAAAAACAGCAAUAUCUUUGCUGAUGCAAAUGACAAGCACAAAAUUUGUAGAAACAGCCGAAGCUCAUUUUCGGCUUAACAUUGAUCCAAAAUACAAUGAUCAACAGCUAAGGGCAACAGUAAACUUGCCUAAAGGAACUGGACAGCCUGUGAAAGUUGCUGUCCUUACACAAGGUGAGAAGUUCGACGAAGCAAAAAAUGCAGGAGCAGAUUUGGUUGGCGGGGAAGAUCUGAUAGAACAAAUCAAGGGAGGAUUCAUGGAAUUUGACAAAUUGAUAGCAUCUCCAGAUAUGAUGCCUAAGGUUGCUAGCCUUGGUAGGAUCCUGGGACCUAGAGGACUCAUGCCAAACCCCAAAGCUGGUACUGUCAGCACCAAUAUACCUCAGGCAAUAGCUGAAUUCAAGAAGGGGAAAGUGGAAUAUCGAGCAGAUAAAACCGGGAUUGUUCACAUACCAUUUGGAAAAGCAGAUUUCUCUGAAGAUGACCUCCUUGUAAACUUGGUUUCUGCUAUUAAAUCUGUAGAAGCAAACAAGCCAUCGGGUGCAAAAGGAGUUUACUGGAAGAGUGCUCACAUAUGCUCAUCCAUGGGUCCUUCCAUCAGAUUAAACAUACGGGACAUGCUUGAUUACAAGCUUCCAUCGAGUGUCUGAUCACUGAUGAACACCUGUAAAUGGUGCGAUCAAAACUUCUCUUUAUGGGGCUUGAGCUUUGCCAGUUAACGGUUGUUAGAGAUGGUAGGUAGAUAAGUGAAGCGGCUAGGUAGGCAAGGCAAAGAAACAGUUCACAAAAGAAAGCGUCAGAUUGGAGGCUGUUAUGUCUUCACUAUGCAAGCUACUUGGUCGCUUUCAAUCUGCCCCAUAGGGAGAGAGCCUUGUGCCUGUUGCUAGUCAUAUAGGUUAUCAGUACUUCAUGCACUCCAAUUCUUGUGUGAUAAACCUUUGCUUAUGGCACUGUUUCUCAUUUGUUGAAUUAUAUCCCAUGUUUCAAAAAAGGCUCAUCUUACCUGCUUGUUAUGGUUUACUAGAAUCAACACCCACGGCUACGCCGCGGGGACUUAAUUUGCAACCAUAUCAUCUUCUUAGCAAUAGAUAUGUCAAUCAAUGGUGUGUCGGUGACUUGAAAUGGCAGGAGCAAACAUCACACUGAAAACAUUACCAAGAAAAUACUCAAUAGUCUGCCUCAACUACUAAAAAGAAGAGCUUGCACAUCAGUUUUUGAAUGGAGAACUUAAGAUCUGCAGCAUCUGAAAAGAAAAAGAU